GGUCCGCCGUUGCCGGUCGGAAGAGAACGGCUGGCAAGCAUGCCAGCUCGAUUCGGCCAGCAACGGGAGCCUGCGACAGCGCAGCGUGGCACUCAGAUUUUUUGGGUGGACGAACGCCUCACAGCUGGGAGCCAGCAAUCCGCAGCACAAGCAUACUGGAGGAUAGGACCCACUCGGCAGCUUCAAAGCGGUGGCUUGAGUGGCAACCAAAUGCUGCCGGACAGCCCCUGAGGGUGGUGCAAACAGGCACAAGCCAUGCACAGAAAUCUCAGCAGCCCUGUAAGACAGACAGCCACUGAGAGUGGUGCUAAUUGGCGCGAGCCUUGCACAAAAGACUCAGAAGCCCCGGAAAAGGGACACCCAACGAAAGUAGUACAAACUGGCGCGCAUUACGCACAGAAGUAUCAGAAGCCCUGUAUAGCAGGCAGCCACUGACAAUAGUGCGAUUAGCGCGAGCCCAGAACUGGAGUCGCAGAACCUACUGUCGUUUUUCUUCCGCCCCCCCGCUCGCCCGCGACGCGACAAACGACCCCUACCCAUCUAACGCAGGGGAGGAGGCCAACAAACAUUCCGAGGCAGACCCAUCCCGCGCAGCCGGCCAGGACGGCAUGGCACGAUACAAAAUCUUGCGGCAUCUCUGACUCACAGCCGCCCGUGCGGCCUGCGGCCGCAAAUACCACCUGGCGGAAACACCUGCUUCACGCGCCGGCCCCCACAGGCCGAGAAGCAUGGGAGGAGGCCUACAAACAUUCCGAGGCAGACAAAGAUCGGCGCACUUGCAGUCUUGCCGCGCCCAGCGCUCGCGAAGGCCGUCGAGCCUGGACAUGGGCCCCCACGGGCCGAGGGGGAGGAGGAGGACGCAGGAGGAGAGAGGACGGACGGACGACGAGCAGGACGACCGAGGAACGCGGAGGCAGCGGACUGCACAGGUAGGCACGCCGCGAUCGGCCGGCCGCCACAUCGCCCGCGCAGCCGGCCAGGACGGCAUGGCGUCACGAUCCGAUUUCCUGCGGCACCUCUGACUCGCAGCCGCCCGUGUGGCCUGCGGCCGCAGAUACCACCUGGUGGAAACACCUGUUUCACGCACAGGCCCCCGCAGGUCGAGGAGGAGGAGGAAGAGGAGGAGGACAGGCGUUUCCAAAAGGCAGCGGG